AUCACCACCAAAUGCGUCUCACGGUUCCGGUUUGAGGGGCUUGCAUGGAUUUAAGAGACAGACAUGGUCAAGCUCAGGCGAGGACCGCUUUGUAAUUAGCCACCUGGGCAGCCAGAAACAUGCAGGAAUAGAGUCGCCAGCAUCACACAAGUAUAUUCCACCCUUCCAGUUUAGAAUUCAGUAGGAAAUGCCAUCAAUCUUUAGAACCCAUGCGAAAGCAAGCAUGAUCUCACCAAGCGGUUUUCUGACAGUCAAACUCGGAGGUCCAGAAAAAAUGAGAGGAUCAUGAGAAGUACACCAUAGCCAUUAGACUCAGCCGCACAAGCCAGCCUGGAGAUUUUUUCAUCGGCACUGAUAUUCGGACGGGCAGACAGCCCAACUUGUUCACGCAAACUGAGUCAAUGCCGCCUUAGAUUUACGUCGUGCCGAGAUGCAUGUGCCAUCGGGGAGAGGAUCGACCUGCGAAUACGAAUGGGGACAGCAAAGCACACAAACUUAAAUCUCUCUCGAAAAUGAAGCUUGCAUGACUACUGCACAACUUGAAAAAUGUUGUUUUUUUCUUUCUUCCUUUUUUAAUUUUAUCGCAUGUGAGUGUGUUGAUAGUUGUUGCUGUCAUGAUGGUGUGAUGGUCUAGAGGACCGCGGGUAUAGAAAAGGAGCGAUGAUGACGGGAGGGUGAAUAUAAUUUUAGUGAAGUGCCAGCUUCUGCAUUUGAAUUGUCCAAGUUCAAAGUUCAAAGUUCAUUCCUGCCUAGGUACCUAGGUACCUAGGUACUUAGUUAAGCACUUGAUCCAGGGUUUCGGUUGACGCGCUCGGCUGCAUGGGCCCGUAACUUUGGUGCGGCCGGUGCCGUGAUCGGCCCCGCUACGGUUGCGAGGGCCAAGCAGUGUGCUUUGUCAGGGAAUCUUUUCGGCCUCGCGGCGACAGCUUCUUCCUCGCUCGAACAACAGGCAAUUGGAACCCAGCCCUCCAGAACCACACCGCCAGGAUGAUACGGCAAAGUGUUCGGUCCUUUGCGACCAGCGCCCUGCGCAUGGCCGAGGCCUCGACGCCCAAGAUGGGCAUCGCGAGCGCUCAAGGCAUCGCCAAGGGCCUGACUGGAGCCAUCGGAAACACCCCGCUGAUCCGCCUGAACAAGAUCUCGGAGCGGACCGGGUGCGAGGUUCUCGGCAAGGCCGAGUUCAUGAACCCAGGCGGGUCGGUCAAGGACCGCGCGGCGCUGUUCGUGGUGCGGGAUGCCGAGCGCAAGGGCCUGCUCAGGCCCGGCGGCACCGUCGUCGAGGGCACCGCCGGCAACACGGGCAUCGGCCUGGCGCACGUGUGCCGGUCGCUGGGCUACCGCCUCGUCAUCUACAUGCCCAACACGCAGUCCCAGGGCAAGAUCGACCUGCUGCGCCUGCUGGGCGCCGAGGUCUACCCCGUCCCCGCCGUCGCCUUCGACAACCCGGACAACUACAACCACCAGGCCCGCCGCCACGCCGAGCGCCUCGACAACGCCGUCUGGACCAACCAGUUCGACAACACCGCCAACCGCCAGGCCCACAUCGAGACCACCGGCCCCGAGAUCUGGGCCCAGACCGGGGGCAAGGUCGACGCCUUCACCUGCGCCACCGGCACCGCCGGCACCUUUGCCGGCGUCACCCGCUACCUCAAGGACGUCAGCGGCGGCAGGGUCAAGUGCUUCCUCGCCGACCCCCCGGGCAGCGUGCUGCACUCCUACGUCCAGUCCGGCGGCAAGCUGGUCGAGAGGACCGGCUCCAGCAUCACCGAGGGCAUCGGCCAGGGCCGCAUCACAGACAACCUGAAGCCCGACAUUGGCCUGGUGGACGACUCCCUGCACAUCCCCGACGAGGAGACCAUCGAGAUGGUCUACCGCUGCCUGGACGAGGAGGGUCUCUACCUGGGUGCCAGCUCCACCCUGAACGUCGUGGCUGCCCAGAAGGCGGCAGAGAAGCUGGGCAAGGGCCACACCGUCGUCACCAUGCUGUGCGAUGGCGCCUACAGAUACCAGGACCGCUUGUUCUCGAGGAAGUGGCUGACGGAGAAGAAGCUGAUAGGGUCCAUCCCCAAGCAUCUGGAGAAGUACAUUGUCUUGCCAUGAUAGGCCCGAGACUCUUGGUUGGUUGAUAGAUACAAUAUUCACAAGCUGUACAUAUCAUCAGGCCGCUGUUGCGCCUUCUGCCUCUUCCUUAGCCUGUGCCUUGGCCCCGGUCUUCUUCUGCGCCUUGCUGGGCUCGAGGAAGCACUUCUCAUACAAGUACUUCCCUCGCCCGUUCUGCGACUUUUCCGCCCCAAGAGCAUCCUCCACCUCCACGGCUAGUGGGUCCCUGCGCAGCUUGAUCUGGCUCGCAAGGUCGCUGCUCAGUCCCUCGAUCGCCAGGUCGAAGCCCUUGAGGAUUGGUGACGCCACGAUCGUAAACUUGUUCUUCUCCAUCAUGUAAUGCAUGCCCUCCACGUCCACAUAUGCCUCGUGAGGGUGCAGAUCCAGCAGGCCCUUGCCCUCCGGCCACUGUUCCACGAUGACCUGCGCGUACCUGCGCAUCUUGUCGGCGUACUCGGUCUUGCCGUGCUUGACCGCGAGCAUGGCUGCGAGGAACAGCGGCGUGGCCAAGACCUGCGGGUCCCUCCUCAGGGGGAACCGGCCGCCGAUCAGCUCCGCGCGCUCCUUGUCCUUGGUGUGCAGCUCGUGGCCCUCCCCGUUCAGGGCCUCCAGUACCCUCUCGGCCGACUUGAGCGCCGUGUUCAGCGACGAGACGGUCCACCCGGCCUCGGCGGCCUCCCACACGAUCCAGCUCAUGAUCUCCUGGACCUUCUCCGACAUGUCCAGCUUGAAGCCCGUCCUCUCGGGCCUCUUGACGGCCUCGAUCACGGGGCCCAGGUUUCCGCUGGCGCCGGCCUUCCUCACGAUCUUGGGCCAGUCCGAGACCUCGAACUUGCGGCGCGCGUUGUGGUGCAGCGCCUCGAGCAGCUUGGGCAGCUUCUGCCAGUCUUCCUUGGUCUUCAUGUUCUCGAGGGCCUGGAAGAAGAUCUUGCGCGUGGUGGGCACCUCGCCUUUCCUGAAGUCGAGGUACCGGAACUUGAUGCGCUUCCCGUCGAUCUCGAUCUCGAUGGGCUCCAGCUCCAGCUUCUCCUUGUAGCGCUCGCGGAAGAUCUUUUUCCUCUGGUGGAGGGGCAGCACACUGGGGAGGAUGAUCUUCUGCUGCAUCUCGUGCAGAAGGUUGUCGAGCUCGGCGUUGGACGUCUUGGAGAAGGUGAUGACAUUGCCGGCUGGCCGUGGUGUCGAGGCCGAGAAGCAUCUGGACUGCUGCGACGGCGGUGCAGCUCGUAUCGAGGCCCCGAGGGCAGCCCGACCCGCCCUGAAGGCAGGCCGUAUGGAGUUGUUGGACAUGGCUGCUGUGGUUGUUGUGGGAGCGCGGUGCAGCUUGGUGCAAGCGUGUCCGCGGCCUGCUGAUCGCAACAGGUCAAAAAGGUUACCCAAGCAGCUGCC